AUGGAAACGCGGCAAAGAUGUAUAGUAGACGCCAUCCAUAGCUCCUUGGAUGACCUGGUUUAUACAACAGAAAAAAUCAAGUCCGACGCAAUAGGCGGACACGCCAGCUCCUAUAUUGCGGGCGUCAUGCGUCCGGUGUACAACACCUGUAGGGAGCAAUAUGGGACGGGCAGCGAUGCCAGACGCAAGCAAACCAUGAACCGACAUCUCACAUCUUCACCUUUAUUUUUAGAGUUGGCCAACAGACUGACUGGUGACUAUCGUGAACUUAUUGAGAGCACUUUUAAUCAGCUCGAUCAAAAGCUUCGCGAGGAGCUCUCGAAUAUUACAAGGGAUUUGCGGGCUUCGGUCACGGUAGAGGGCGAGAUAUCUGAGGCUGGGCAAGAUCCCCGACAUGCUGAAGAAUUGAAGCAGAGGGUGGGAGUAAUCCAGGAUGCACUGGUCCAUGCCCAAAGGAUUGUGAGAGAGGUUCGGCAGUGA